AUGGUACUAGCAAGUAACGGAAGUGGCCGGUGCAGUUAUGCCAAGCUCGGUAGACAGACCGGCUUGGUGGGCAGCACUCAAGAGACGAGUCGCUCUCCUCAGGCUCAGGAACAUCAGGAAGUCACGAAGCAGCUGCAGGUGCUGCAGGCUGCUUUUUUAUUCCCCCCACCCCGCGACCAUCAGUAUAAACCUGAAAGUGCCUUAAGAUCUUUAGAAGAAAUGUGUUCCAUCGCAAAGCAGAGCUACACGAACGCGUCUCGCCCCAUUCUUUUAAAGGAGUCGCCCGUCAACCCUCAUAAUCUGCCGACUCAUGACUACCAGCCCCGGCCGCCCUCGCCACCUGUUCGGGAUGACGAAGCCCGUGCCCACCGCCGUGCCCAGCUCGUCCCCUGGGGCUCCUCGGAGCUAAAGCCCCUCGAGAUGGCGCGGCCAGGGGAGGUCUCUCCGUCCUUUUUCAAAAUGCACCUCGCCGGCGGCCCAGCGCGGCUGGACAAGCCCGGAGGCCGGGGCGGAGGAGGAGGAGAAGGAGGAGGAAGGUGCGGGAAGCCGCUCGAGUCCCGUGGCGGCCGCGUCCUGGUGUCCCGCCGCCCGCAGGCGGAGCUCAGCCGGCAGGCGAGGCUGCAGCCGUCGUGCGCUCCCGCAGGGCGGCCCGGCAGCGCCCCGAGGACCAUGCAGAGAUCACCGCUGGAGCGAGCCAACCUCUUCUCCAAACUUUUCUUCAGACCGGGCAAGAUACCGGAAUCAACUAAUGGAAGUGUUUUCCUCUCUCUGUUUUUUUUUCUUUUUAGCUGGACAAAACCGAUUUUGAAGAAAGGAUAUAGACAACAUCUGGAAUUGUCCGACAUAUAUCAAAUUCCCACCGCUGAUUCAGCUGACAACCUAUCUGAAAAACUAGAAAGGGAAUGGGACAGAGAGCUGGCUUCCAAGAAGAACCCCAAACUCAUUAAUGCCCUUCGACGAUGCUUCUUCUGGAGAUUCAUGUUCUAUGGACUCUUGCUGUAUUUAGGGGAGGUGACCAAGGCAGUGCAGCCUCUCCUCCUGGGGCGAAUCAUUGCCUCCUAUGACCCAGACAACGCUCACGAACGCUCUAUCGCGUACUACCUGGGCAUCGGCCUGUGUCUUCUCUUUAUUGUGCGCACCCUGUUGCUGCACCCUGCCGUUUUUGGCCUCCAUCACAUCGGAAUGCAGAUGAGGAUCGCCCUGUUCAGUCUGAUUUACAAAAAGACUUUAAAAUUGUCAAGCCGAGUCCUGGAUAAAAUAAGCACCGGACAGCUCGUUAGCCUUCUUUCAAACAACUUGAACAAAUUUGAUGAAGGUCUGGCGCUGGCCCAUUUUGUGUGGAUCGCGCCUCUCCAGGUGAUGCUGCUGAUGGGGCUGCUGUGGGAUCUGUUGCAGGCCUCCGCCUUCUGCGGCUUGGCAGUCCUCGUCGUCCUUGUCCUCUUCCAAGCCUGGCUGGGGCACAGGAUGAUGAAGUACAGAGACAGAAGAGCCGGAAAGAUAAAUGAGAGACUUGUGAUCACCGCAGAAAUUAUUGAGAAUAUCCAAUCCGUUAAAGCCUACUGUUGGGAGGAAGCAAUGGAAAACAUGAUUGAAAGCCUCAGAGAAACGGAACUGAAGCUGACCCGAAAGGCUGCUUAUAUGAGGUACUUCAAUAGCUCAGCCUUCUUCUUCUCGGGGUUCUUCGUGGUGUUCCUGUCGGUGCUACCCUCCAUGCUGACCAAGGGAAUUGUCCUCCGCAAGAUAUUCACCACCAUCUCGUUCUGCAUCGUACUGCGGAUGGCGGUCACCCGGCAGUUCCCCUGGGCCGUGCAGAUGUGGUACGACUCCAUCGGAGCGAUUUACAAGAUACAGGAUUUCCUUCAAAAAGAAGAGUACAAGACAUUGGAAUACAACUUAACAACUACAGAUGUUGUGAUGGAAAACGUAACAGCUUUCUGGGACGAGGGAUUCGGGGAAUUGCUCGUCAAAGCAAAGCAAAAUGACAGUAGCCGAAAAGUCUCCAGUGAUGACAAAAACCUCAUCUUUAGUAACAUCUCGCUCCUCGGUCCCCCUGUCCUCAAAGACAUCAGUUUCAAGAUAGAAAAAGGACAGUUGUUGGCUGUAGCUGGAUCUACUGGGGCAGGCAAGACCUCACUGCUGAUGAUGAUCAUGGGUGAGCUGGAGCCUUUGGAAGGCAAAAUCAAGCACAGCGGAAGGAUCUCCUUCUCUCCCCAAUUCUCGUGGAUCAUGCCAGGAACCAUCAAGGAGAACAUCGUCUUCGGGGUUUCUUUCGAUGAGUACCGAUACAGGAGUGUCAUCAAGGCCUGCCAAUUGGAGGAGGAAAUCUCCAAGUUUGCAGAAAAAGAUAAUACAGUCCUGGGGGAAGGUGGCAUCACCUUGAGUGGAGGUCAGCGGGCCAGAAUUUCAUUAGCCAGAGCAGUGUACAAAGAUGCUGACUUAUAUCUCCUAGACUCUCCUUUUGGCUACUUGGAUGUGCUUACGGAAAAGGAAAUAUUUGAAAGCUGUGUCUGCAAGCUUAUGGCCAAUAAAACGAGGAUCCUCGUCACUUCCAAAAUGGAACACUUGAAGAAAGCCGACAAAAUCUUAAUUCUGCACGAAGGCAGUUGCUAUUUCUACGGCGCGUUUUCAGAACUUCAGAACCUGCGGCCAGACUUCAGCUCCAAGCUCAUGGGCUACGACUCCUUCGACCAGUUCAGCGCCGAAAGGAGAAACUCCAUCCUGACGGAAACCCUGCGGCGUUUCUCCCUGGACGGCGAUGCCGCCGGCUCCUGGAAUGAAACUAAGAAGCAGUCGUUCAAGCAGACGGGAGAGUUUGGCGAAAGAAGAAAGAACUCCAUCCUCAACCCGCUCAACUCCAUCCGGAAGUUCUCCCUGGUCCAGAAGGCUCCGCUCCAGAUGAACUGCAUCGACGAGACCCUGGACGAGCCGCCGGAGCGGAAGCUUUCCCUGGUACCCGACAGUGAGCCAGGAGAGGCCAUCCUCCCCCGCAGCAACAUGCUAAACCCUGGGCCGGUGCUCCGAGCCCGGAGGAGGCAGUCGGUCCUGAAUCUGAUGACCCGGCCUUCCAUUCACCAAGGCUCGAGCCUUUACAAGAAGGGCAGCGCCUCGGCCCGCAAGAUGUCCGUGGCCCCUCAGUCCAAUAUGUCGGAGAUGGAUAUCUAUUCCCGGCGCCUCUCAAAAGACAGCGGAUUGGAAAUCAGCGAGGAGAUUAACGAGGAAGAUUUAAAGGAGUGCUUUAUUGAUGACAUAGAGAGCACGACUUCUGUGACCACAUGGAAUACAUAUCUCAGAUACAUGACCAUUCACAAGAAGUUGAUUUUUGUGCUAAUGAUGUGCCUAGUCAUCUUUUUGAUUGAGGUGGCUGCGUCUUUGGUUGGGCUGUGUUUAUUCAAAGAUGGGGCCUCAAGAAUGAAUUCCACCAGUAAUCUAAACCACACGAGCACACUCGAUUGGUUCGCCGUGAUCGUCACCAACACGAGCACCUAUUACAUGUUUUAUAUUUAUGUGGGGGUAGCAGACACCUUGCUUGCCCUGGGGUUCCUCCGUGGACUCCCCCUGGUGCACAGCCUGAUAUCCGUUUCCAAAAUUCUCCACCAGAAGAUGCUGCAUUCGGUCCUGCAGGCGCCCAUGUCGACUUUCAACACUUUGAAAACAGGUAGCAUUCUCAACAGAUUCUCCAAAGAUAUGGCCAUUUUGGAUGACCUUCUGCCACUUACAAUAUUUGACUUCAUUCAGCUACUGCUGAUUGUGAUUGGAGCCGUGACAGUCGUGUCAGCUUUACAACCCUACAUCUUCCUCGCCUCUGUGCCAGUGGUAAUAGCCUUUGUAUUGUUGAGAGCAUACUUUCUCCGCACAUCCCAGCAACUUAAACAACUGGAAUCUGAAGCCCGGAGUCCAAUAUUUACUCAUCUUAUUACAAGCUUAAAGGGGCUAUGGACAUUGCGUGCAUUUGGACGCCAAACGUAUUUUGAAGCGCUGUUCCACAAGGCUCUGAAUUUACACACCGCCAACUGGUUCCUGUAUCUGUCCACUCUCCGCUGGUUCCAAAUGAGGAUAGAAAUGGUAUUUGUCAUCUUCUUCAUUCUGGUGACCUUCAUCUCCAUUUUAACCACAGGUGAUGGAGAAGGGAAAGUUGGAAUUGUUCUAACAUUAGCCAUGAACAUCAUGGGUACAUUGCAGUGGGCAGUAAACGCGAGCAUUGAUGUGGACAGUUUGAUGCGGUCUGUGAGCAGAGUAUUUAAAUUCAUCGACAUGCCAACCGAGGAGCACAGGCCCACCCACCCAGCAAAGAACAAAGACAUCUCUGGAGUCCUGAUCAUUGAGAACCAGCAUGUGAAGAGAGAGAAGAACUGGCCUUCAGGAGGCCAAAUGACCGUCCAGGACCUCACAGCCAAGUACCUAGAUGGAGGUCCGGCCAUCUUGGACAAUAUCUCCUUUUCGAUAAGUUCCGGUCAGAGGGUGGGCCUGCUGGGAAGAACGGGCUCAGGGAAGAGCACUUUAUUGUUCGCCUUUUUGAGGCUGCUGAACACUGAAGGAGAUAUCCGGAUCGAUGGCAUAUCCUGGGACGCAGUACCUGUGCAGCAGUGGAGGAAGGCGUUUGGAGUAAUACCUCAGAAAGUAUUCAUAUUUUCCGGAAGUUUUCGAAAGAACCUGGAUCCCUAUGGGCAGUGGACAGACCAGGAACUAUGGAAAGUGGCAGAGGAGGUUGGGCUGAAAUCGGUGAUCGAACAGUUCCCGGGGCAGCUGGACUUUGUCCUCAUCGACGGAGGCUACGUCCUGAGCCACGGCCACAGGCAGCUCAUGUGCCUGGCCAGGUCGGUUCUCAGCAAGGCGAAAAUCCUGCUCCUCGACGAACCCAGUGCCCACCUGGACCCCAUAACAUACCAGGUCAUUCGCAAAACUCUAAAGCAAGCAUUUACCAACUGCACAGUCAUCCUCUCAGAACACAGGAUAGAAGCAAUGCUCGAGUGUCAACGCUUUCUGGUGAUAGAGGAGAACAAGGUCCGGCAGUACGAGUCUAUCCAGAAGCUGCUGAAUGAGAAGAGCGUCUUCAAGCAGGCCAUCAGCCACUCGGACAAAAUGAAGCUGUUCCCCAUUCACCGCCGGAACUCGAGCAAGCGCUUGUCCAGGCCCAAAAUCACGGCCCUCCAGGAGGAGACGGAAGAGGAAGUGCAGGACACCAGACUCUAGCGAGAGGGAGGCACGUGGCCCCACCGAUGGCCGAGUCCCGUCGGCCACGUCCCGGCAUCCGAUGUGGCUUGGACGACCGCCCCCAAGUGCCUGCUUCCCGGCUUUCCCACGCCGGUGGAAUAGCGCACGAGGCGUGGCCGGCCCUGGAAGAUUUGCCCUGGCUUCCAAUAAGCUGGAUUUCCCCGAGAAAAGCAAAAACCUCGAAGCCCAUCUCCUUUCGGUGUGAAGGAUGAGAGGCACGAACCUGUGAAGACUGGCUCCGAGGCCCCGCCAACGCCUCCCCCCACCCACUGCUCUGUUAGGGCCCGAGGGGAGAGAGGUGAGCUUCCUUGGCCACCUGGUGGGGCCCAUGAUGAGAAUCAAAUUUUCCAUGAUUGCCUUAGGCUUAUUGAUUUCCUUCCACCGAUUGUCCUUAGAGAAACGAAAGCGAGACCCAUCGGCUGUCUGCCCGAUCCUUCCUUGUGACCCUGGCUGCUGUAGGACCCCAGGAGAGCUCCACUCCUCAGGAUCUCCCCAGGCCCUGUCUCCAGAGGCAACAGAGAACAAGGUGGAGGAGAGCUUUUGCGGGUUCUUUCCAGGGCCUGGGGGACUCCCAAUCAUUUGAACUCCAAUGCAUCCCACCUGAGGUUCUGGGUUCAGAGGUCACAGUGGAUGUUCUCAGACCCCGAUGCUAUUCAUGCUUUCUACUGGCUUUUCUGAGGGAAAGAGAGGCAGAAUGAGAAGCAGACCCACUGAACUAGAAUUAAUCUUGAAUCAGUUUUUAUAUAUUUCCGGUUUGCAAUUUCAUGAUGCAAAUGAAUUUUCCUCUAGAAAAAUAUUAUUUAUUUUAAUAUCGUCAAAAACUUGUACUGAGAGAAUGCUGUAUUUUAAGAAUGAUUACCUUCUGCACUAUAAAAAUAUAUUUGUAUGAAAA